AUGAAAAGCCUGCGCAGAGACUUCUCUUCGAACCCACAGGCGGCAAAUGUCUCCAGCAAAGUUUUUGUGAGAUCUACGAAGAGCGGCAAGGUUCAGAAAAUCGUUCGCGAGCUCUACCUGCGACAGGACAUUCCUUGCUCCUCGAAACUCUGCACAAUAUGUCCGUCAUACGCGCCCGCGGACGCGAAUGGGAACAUUGCUCCCUUCGUCCUUUCCGAUCGCCCUGCCGGAACUAAAGCUUUUCCCAAGGGCCAUUAUAUCGUCCCUGAUACGAACGCGUUGUUGAAUGGCAUGGACCUCUUUGAGCACACGGGAGCUUUCUACGACGUGAUCAUCCUGCAAACCGUUCUCGAGGAGCUGAAGACUCUAUCCCUCCCACUCUAUAACCGCCUUCUCGCGCUGGUAAAAACGGAUGAAAAGCGCUUCUACCUCUUCUUUAAUGAGUUCCGACUGGAGACCCACGUACGUCGAGACCCGGAUGAAACCAUCAACGAUCGGAAUGACAGAGCUGUUCGCACCGUCGCCAAAUGGUAUGAGGAGCAUCUCCAGCAGGCAAUAAAGAAGGGAAAGAAGGAGAAGUCUGUUCCGGCAAUUGUCGUCAUUACUGACGACAAGGAGAACUUACGCAAGGCCCAGGAGGAAAAUGUUACGGCGUUGUCGUUGUCAGACUACGUCGCUGGGUUGGAAGACUCGGAUACGCUCCUAGACAUGAUCAAUGAGUCCCGGGAAGCAAAAGGUCCACGGGAAGAGCUAUUCUACCCCGAGUACUAUUCCAUGUCAAAAAUUAUGACAGGGUUACGAGCGGGCACGCUACAUCAAGGUGUUUUCAACAUCUCUCCCUACAAUUACCUGGAGGGAUCUGUAAGUGUCGCUGCAUUUGACAAGCCCCUGUUGAUUCUCGGCCGCGACAACAGCAACAGGGCCAUUUCGGGAGAUGUGGUUGUCGUCGAGGUCCUACCGAAAGAUCAAUGGAAGACUCCUUCGUCAAAGAUCGUUGACGAAGAAGCGGUGACCAUGAAUGAAAACCCUGAGAGCGAAGAGAAUGAAGCCGUGGUGACAGAGAGGGAACGAAAAGCGCUGCAGGAGGAAGUCAGAAAAGCACAUGGAAAGAACGCCGAAGGAAGGCCUCAGCCGACUGCGCGAGUCGUGGGUAUUGUCAAACGAAACUGGCGCCAAUACGUCGGGCACGUCGAUCCUUCUUCUACGGCUUCGCUAGCCAAGUCCGGGAGACGACAGCAGACGGUCUUUGUGCUGCCGAUGGACAAGCGAAUCCCCAAGAUUCGAAUUAGGACGAGGCAAGCUGCUGAGCUGUUAGGCCAAAGAAUCCUUGUGACAAUAGAUAGUUGGGAUCGCGAUUCCCGGUAUCCCACAGGCCAUUUUGUUCGGGCGCUGGGAGAAUUGGAGACGAAAGACGCAGAAACUGAAGCCUUGCUUCUCGAAUACGACGUCCAGUACAAGCCGUUCCCCAAAGUCGUUCUGGAUUGCUUGCCACCUGGAGGUCAUGAUUGGAGGGUACCUGCAAACAAGGACGACCCCCGGUGGAAGGGACGUCGCGAUUUACGAGAUUUACUUAUCUGCAGCAUUGACCCCCCUGGCUGUCAAGAUAUCGAUGAUGCGUUACAUGCUCGACCAUUGCCGAACGGUAACUUUGAAGUAGGUGUUCACAUCGCCGACGUGUCGCACUUUGUCAAACCCAACACCGCCAUGGAUUCCGAGGCUAGCAUGCGUGGCACCACUGUCUACCUCGUCGAUAAGCGAAUUGAUAUGCUUCCCAUGCUCCUUGGUACUGAUCUUUGCUCCCUUAAACCGUACGUGGAACGCUUUGCUUUCUCGGUCAUCUGGGAACUUACGCCCAAUGCCGAGAUUGUGUCUGUCGAUUUCACGAAAUCGGUGAUUCGCUCCCGCGAAGCAUUCAGCUACGAGCAAGCGCAGAUGCGAAUUGACGAUGUGUCCAAGACGGAUGAGUUGACCCAGAGCAUGCGCACGCUGCUGCGUCUCUCCAAGAUCCUGCGUCAGAAGCGGAUGGAUGCGGGCGCCCUGAAUCUUGCCUCACCCGAAAUCCGGAUCGAAACCGAGUCGGAACUGAACGACCCUCUGACGGACGUCAAGACCAAGGCGCACCUGGCGACAAACAGCUUGGUUGAGGAAUUCAUGCUGCUUGCGAACAUCACUGUCGCAUCGAAGAUCUACAACGCCUUUCCCCAGACCGCCUUGUUGCGAAGACACGCCUCACCUCCUCCGCAGAACUUUGAAGAGCUUGCUACGCAACUGCAGAAGAAACGGGGUCUCAAACUGGAUGUUUCCAGCUCAAAGGCUCUGGCCGAUUCUCUCGAUCGCUGCGUCGACCCAAAGAAUCCUUUUUUCAACACCUUGAUUCGCAUUCUGGCGACUCGAUGCAUGACUUCGGCCGAGUAUUUCUGCGCAGGAGCCCAUGCCGAAUCCGACUUCCGCCACUAUGGUCUCGCGUCGCCCAUUUACACACAUUUCACGUCACCCAUCCGGCGAUACGCCGAUCUGGUGGUCCACCGGCAGCUUGCCGCCGCCAUCGGAUACUCUACUGCGGACGGCCUCAGCCGACGCAGUCAGCUGGAGGAUGUCUGCAGGAAUAUCAACUAUCGACACCGAAACGCUCAAUAUGCGGGCCGAGCCAGCAUCGAGUACUAUGUUGGUCAGGCGUUGAAGGCGCGCGGUGAGAUGGCGGCGAAGGGCAGAGGCGAGGACCAGAACCCCGGAGUCGAUGAGGAAGGGUAUGUGAUGCGCGUGUUUGAAAACGGAGUUGUCGUCUUUGUGCCGCGUUUCGGUAUCGAGGGAGUUGUCCGGCUCGAAGACUUCAUGCUGCCCGGGAAUCCAGUGCGCCCGGAUGUUCAUGACUCUGAGAACAGGAAGGAGCUCGCACUGCGGCGAGACAGCGAGUUUGAUCCGGAGGAGUACACGGUGCGAGUGUGGGAGAAGGGGCAUCCGGAACCCGAGCGGUCACUCCAGGUCGAACUAUUCGAGAAAGUCCGCGUGAACGUCAGCUCGGUGAAGGAGGAAGGCGGCCGCGGCGCGGGCAAGAGGAGAGUGCGGAUCUUGAUUCUGGGAAAGGCAUGA